GACCUAUCAGCUUAACCAUCAUGGCUACUGUUCAACGUCACCCACUCCACAGUCUUGGCCCAAUCCAUCCGCCCAAAGUCGACAAGAGUGCGAUCAAACCGUCCCUCGCGAGGAAAAUCAACAUCCGUGUCAAGGAUCCAUUGGACCACGCAGCCCCAGCCAUUCUACACGAGCCACGCAAAUACAGCGUCGACGAUGCCAAUGCGUCAGCCGCGGUAUUGGUCAGUGGUGCUGGCGGAGGCGUGAGCGGACCAGCCGGAAUCUACCCAUCACUAGCGGACAAGCUAUCCCUCCUCCUCUCCAUCCCCUGCAUCCGCCUCGACUACCGCCUCGCCGCAGACACAGACCACUGCACCGCCGACAUCAUCGCCUCCCUAAACUAUCUCUCGCAGCACUACAAAUCCACGAACUUUGUCCUCGUCGGCUGGUCCUUCGGCGGCAGCCCCUGCUUCACAGCCGCAGCCGAAGAACCAAACCGAAUCCGCGGCGUCGCGACCAUCGCCUCGCAGACCGCCAGAACAGCGGGCGUAAAGGGUUUGGCGCCAAGGCCGUUGCUGCUACUGCAUGGGUUGGGGGAUAAUGUGCUGGGGAGUGAGUGUUCGGAGGCGUUGUAUCGGCAGUAUGGGGAUGAGAGUGAAAAUGGGGGGGAGAGGGUGAUUAAGUUGUUUGAGAGGGGGGAUCAUGGGUUGAGUGGGUUGGGGCCGGAGGUGGAGGGGUUGUUGUUGGGUUUUAUUGGGAGGGUGCUUGGGUUUGAGAAGCAGUUGGGCGAGCCGGAGACCAGGGGGGUUGCUGGGGAGGAUUUUGUGGGUGGGGAGGGGGAGAGGGUUAGGGAGAUGGAGGAGGGGAGGGAUUUGGAAGGGGAGGUGUUGAGUGUUUGA